AUCAAAUUGACAUUUGACUCGCUGUGUACUGUGUAGUGUGUAUUGUAAUAUUGUGUUCAUGUGUUGUGAUUUGUAAAGUUGUGAACUCGUCCUCGAAAUUCGCAGAUCUAUCAUGGACUGGAGGACUGCUUUAGUGGUGCUCAGCAUUCUCUUUUAUGUUAACGCAUUCUCGAAAUAUGGUCGAUCAUGCAAAGACAUAGGAUGUCUUAACAGUGAAGUUUGCGUGCUAGCUGAAGAUCCUUGCUCAUAUGGACGAGCUUCAGACUGCGGGACAUAUCCAACAUGUAAAAAGAAGAGUCAAGUUGAAGGUUCACACUCAGAACCAGCACGACCAUCCGUCCCUAAACCUGUACCACAAUCUCCCACACGUGACUUUGAUUCAGCUCCUAGUUACCCUGCCCCUGCACCACCGACUAAUACCCAUAGUGGUUCACCAUACGGUGGUAACGCACCGAGUGGAGGAAAUUCACCAUAUGGUAGUAGAUCACCUUACGAUAAUUCUCCCUAUGGCAGCAAUGGCGGAAAUUCUCCUUACGGCGGUAGUAACGGUGGCUCGCCUUACGGCGGGAAUUCACCUUAUGGAGGAUCGUCUAAUAGGGGAGGCAGUCAAAUUGGGGGCGGCUCGAAUCCUUACAGCCCUAGCACUAACGGCGGAUUCGGAGGCACUGGAGGAAAAAGUCCUUUAGACAGCAUUUUCAACACGUUGAAUAAUUUCGCUAACGGUGGUGGUGCUGGAGGCGGCACUGGAAGUUCUAGUGGAAGCGGUCUGUCGAACAUCUUCGGAAACAUUCUCGGUAAUUUAUCUAAGAGUGGAGGAUUAAAUGGAUUGUUCAACACGAGACCCAUUAUGGAGAAUCCAAGUUAUCCCUCGUAUAGCUCUAAUUCGAGGAGUUCUAAUUCCCAAAAUUAUCCAUCAGGAAACAAUGCUCAGCCCACCUAUCAACAACCGAAUUAUAAUAAGAAUUAUGGGCAAAGCAAUGCCCACCACAGUGGCGCCACUACGAGAAAGCCAGUACAUUAUGGCUGGAAUGUUAGUGUGACAGUGAUUUUCACGUACCUGAUACAACUAUACAUCCAGAACAUUAUAAGGAAUUAAUUAUAUGUAAUUUAAUAUAUGUAUAUUGAUUUUUAAGGUGCUUUAACAGAAAUAACUUUAUCGUCCGUUACCGCAAGAUAUUUGUUUAUAUAAUAAAAUAUAUUUCUUA